UCUUGUUACCAUGGGAGACAAUAAAAUGAUCUAAGGGUCUAUAAUCAUACACAUAGAGUAGUUCUUAUACAGGGAAGGAAUCAGUCAUGACGCUGAUGAAUAGAAAAUAUACUAGCUCUAAAAUUAAAACAUUACUACAAAGUAUGCUCUGUGUGAUUUUCUUGUGUCAGAUGACCAAAGCUGCAAAUUCAUCAGAAACCAGUAUAAACUGGCAUGGGAAGAUCUACAAAGACUUCAUUGAUAAUGGAGUAUAUACACCUCAUGUAUUCCCAGAACGAGGCAAUGGAACACCAAUUGUUGUAUCUGCAAGUUUAUCUCUCACCACUCUGCAAGAUAUUGAUGAGAAGAAUCAAUUGCUGAAAACAGCGGGUGGGGUCAUGAUGUUGUGGAAAGAUGAGAGUUUCCAAUGGAAUCCUGAGGAUUAUGGAGGAGUGGAGAAAAUCCAUGUGCCUAAUCAUCAUAUCUGGAUACCUGACCUUACAUUUAUAAAUAGCUUGAACCUCAAAACAUUCCAAUAUGGUUCAGACAUUAAAGCCAUAAUCUACUCUAGUGGUUAUGUGAAUUUUGGUCCAGGGCAUAACUUUGUCACGUCCUGUGCAAUUGAUGUUACAUACUUCCCAUUUGAUGUACAGACAUGUCGUUUGUAUAUAUCUUCAUGGGUGUAUGAUGAUCGUCAACUCAAACUAACAACUGACCCAUGGCCAAAAGUAGUUAAUCAUAGUGGACUAGACAAUCAUGGAGAGUGGAUUGUUGAAGACACAUGGGUUGAACUUCAAACAGUGCCUUACAACGUUAAUCCUUAUGAUGAAAAUGGAGAAACAAACUAUACAUUCAUUCAAUGUAACUUAAGGUUUAGUCGGAUGCCAUUGUAUUACAUGGUGAAUGUGAUCUGCCCAUGUUUUCUGAUUACAUUACUGAGUGUGUCAGUGUUCUGUUUACCAUCUGGUUGUGGGGAGAAGAUAUCGCUUGGAAUUACUGUGUUAUUGUCAUAUGUUGU